GUAAUUCAGUACCAAUUGCCACUUGCAUCAACCAAGUACUGUUAUUCUUUGGAAAAGAAAAAAGAAAAAUAUAUUAACUGUGAUAUUAAAGAAGUACCUAAACCAACGGCACAUACAUAUUAUAUAUUUUUUGAAAAAGUCAACUACGUCACAAACUAUAACAUUUACUUAAGCGGUAUGAUUUUUGGAAAACUUCAGCGGUCCGUUACAGGGGCUGCAAAAACUCUACGAGUAUGGCAAGUCCACCGAGCACGUGGUAUGACCGCCUAUACUGGAACAAGCCUCACCGAACUACCCCCAAAUGCUGCAGCCUUCAUUAAAAACACCGAAGAAAUGUGCCAACCAGACAAAGUUCACAUUUGUGAUGGAAGUAACAUUGAAAACCGAAUGUUGACCGAACGACUUGUCGCACAAGGAACACUCAGUCCGUUGAAAAAAUACGAAAAUUGUUGGUUGGCUAGAACCAAUCCAGGUGAUGUUGCUAGAGUUGAAUCGAAAACCUUUAUUUGUACAGAAAAUAAAGACGAAGCUGUUGCUGGUUCACUAGGCAAUUGGAUUUCUCCAGAAAAUAUGCAAAUUGCAAUUAAUCAGAGGUUUCCAGCUUGCAUGAAGGGCAGAACAAUGUAUGUAAUACCCUUCUCUAUGGGUCCAGUGGGUUCACCUCUCUCGAAAGUCGGAAUAGAGAUUACCGAUUCGCCGUAUGUUGUGGAAUCUAUGCGGAUUAUGACAAGAAUUGGAUUUGAUGUUGUUCAGCAGUUACAGAAGAAUGCUGAAUUUGUAAAAUGUCUUCAUUCAGUUGGACGUCCGGAGAACGGAGUUAUUGAGUAUCCAUCAUGGCCGUGUGAUCCAGCUCGAACUAUAAUUCUUCAUAAACCAGACGAGAAUUUUAUAGCAUCUUAUGGGUCAGGUUAUGGAGGAAAUUCCCUAUUGGGUAAAAAAUGUUUUGCUUUGCGAAUCGGAAGUACAAUUGCUAAGCGCGAAGGUUGGUUGGCAGAGCACAUGUUAAUAUUGGGAAUAACUAAUCCCAAAGGCGAGAAAAUCUAUGUUGCAGCGGCUUUCCCAUCGGCUUGUGGCAAGACAAACCUGGCGAUGAUGACUCCUUCUUUGCCAGGAUACAAAAUCGAAUGUGUAGGAGAUGAUAUUGCAUGGAUGCGAUUUGACGAGAGUGGCCAGCUUCGCGCCAUAAAUCCUGAAAAUGGAUUCUUCGGAGUAGCUCCAGGUACCUCGAAAGGAACAAACCCAAUAGCAAUGGAGACGAUAUUCAAAAAUACGAUUUUUACAAAUGUUGCUUCUACAUCUGAUGGUGGAGUGUAUUGGGAAGGUUUGGAAAAAGAACAUCCUGCAGGGGUAUCAAUAACAGACUGGUUAGGCAAGCCCUGGAGUAAAGAAAGUAGUAAAACACCAGCUGCUCAUCCAAAUUCACGUUUCUGCACCCCAGCUAACCAGUGUCCCAUAAUUGAUCCAGCGUGGGAAGAUCCACAAGGAGUACCAAUCAGUGCAAUUUUAUUCGGAGGUCGUCGACCAACUGGCAUUCCCCUUGUAUAUGAAGCUCGAUCAUGGGCACAUGGGGUAUUUCUAGGGGCUUCUAUGCGCAGUGAAUCUACAGCAGCAGCAGAACACACAAAAAAGGUUAUAAUGCAUGAUCCCUUUGCUAUGCGGCCAUUCUUUGGUUAUAAUUUUGGCAAAUACCUAGAACACUGGCUGAGUAUGGAUAAUAGGGGUAAAGUUCCCAAAGUCUUCCAUGUAAAUUGGUUCCUCAAGAAUAAAGAUGGCAAAUUUAUGUGGCCUGGAUUUGGAGAAAACUCCAGAGUUUUAGAUUGGGUAUUUAGACGUGUGAAGGGAGAAAACUGUGCUAAAGACUCAGCUAUUGGAUUGCUACCAUCUGAUGGAGCUCUCACCACCGAUGGACUUAAUCUCCCUGAAAGUCUUGACAAACUUUUUGAACUUCCUAAAGAUUUCUGGCAACAGGAAGUUAAAGAUAUUGAAAAAUAUUUUGAGACUGAAAUAGGUAAUCACUUGCCAAAGGCUGUGUCUAAAGAAUUGACUUAUUUGAAAGAACAAAUUUCAAAAAUGUAACUA